GAAAGUAAAAAUUCCUGUAGAAAAGCCCCCGCCUUGACAGAGAGAGGCGCAGUGACAAGGCUGCUGAAGUGAAGACGUGAUGGCGUCCGAACCCAACAAGCUCCCUCUGUGGGUUUUCACCUGCGUGUUGAUCUUCUCUCACGUGUCGCUGAACUUUUCAUCAGCCUCGCCCCAAACUGAGGAGAAGCUGUCUGAGCCUGUAGUUAGAGGACCGGUCCGCAGCAGGAGGCAGGCGUGUGCACAUGGCACCUACGAACAUGAAGGGUGGACCUGCUGUCUGUGUGGAGCUGGCCAGCAGGUGAAGAGUCACUGCACGGUUGCCAAUCCAAAUAGUGUACAAUGCGAGUCCUGUGAUCCUGACACGUACAACAGUCAUGCCACUGCCCAGGACUUCUGUGAACCCUGCACAUCCUGUAUACACCCAAAUGCGAAUCUAGAGGUGGCUGAAAACUGCACCCGAACCAGUAACGCUAAAUGCAGAUGUAAAAAAGGUCAUUAUUGCGACAGUGGACCAGAAACGUGCAAGGUCUGCAACCCUUGCAAAGAAUGUGGCUCUGAAGGCGUCGGAGUUGCCUGUACAGCCACAAACAACACAGUCUGCAAUGCCAUAACUGAAGGGGUAAGUGGUGGAGCAAUAGCUGGAAUAGUAAUCCCAAUCUUACUGGCUAUUGCUAUAUCAGUUGGAGUUGCAUUCUGGUAUCGCAAAAGAGGACAAUCAUAUUACACACAGCAGCCGUCAUCCCAAACAAAUGGCAAGGCAACCGAGGUGGAGCUGCAGCCUCUUAACGGGCUCCGACUUCAGCAUGUGCCCGACAUUGCAGCCGUUCUUGGAUGGAAGGAUAUGCAGGAUGUGGCAAUGCGCAGUGGGAUGACAAAAGUUGAGAUUGAUUCUUGUAGACUGGUCGACCCCACAGAUCCUGGGGAGCAGACCACCCAACUACUAUCGAAAUGGGUGGAGAUGCAGGGAAGCGGUGGGGCAACAAAAUUGGUAAAACUCCUACAAAACAGUCGUAAAAAGGAUAAAGCAGAGAAGGUGGCAGAGAUAUUACGAAGUGACAGCCCGGCUCCAUCAGAUGCUCCUGUUUGAAUGUAAAUAUUGGAAGCACUUUUUGAAUAUAUUCAGGGCCGUCUAUUGAGCAAAUUAUUAUUGUGUUGAGAUGUUUACAUGAUUGAGCUGAACUGUAAAUACUGGUUUUACCAUUUUAAGUGUUUUUUGGAAAAGACUAAAUGAGCACACCCAAGCUUUAUAAAAGCAGAAUUAAGUUUGGGUAUUUGUCAGAUGAAUAUGUAGUACAAUGUUGUUACAGUUAAAACAAAAUCAUUAUCUGCUUCUCAGGUCAUUAAAUAAUAGAGUGAAAGUAAAAAUAACCUUAAAAUGUUUAGAGGAACGGAUCCGAAAUGCACUGAAUCACACCUGCGGUCUUUUGUUGAUUUAUGAAUGCUGUACAUGCCUUUGUUGGGUGAUGAAUGUAUUCUGUGCCAUAAAUGUGGAUUUAAUGUCAAA